ACGUCUGCGCUGGUGACUUUGCAGAGUGUUCCGGGUUAGUUUUGUCGAGAGAAGUUCCCUUAUUCGGCAUUUCCUGCGAACGGGGCUGGGAGUAGGGAGCACCCUCUGAAGUACACUUCGGAAUUGGACGCAGACCAGGAAGUUCACUUCAGCGUGUGACUGGCGAAAAUGGCAGAGGCCAGUAUCUCAGUAGACCAGGAUCAGUUCAUCUGUCCCAUAUGUCUGGAUCUCCUGAGUGAUCCAGUGACUGUCCCCUGUGGUCACUGUUUCUGUAAGCGAUGUAUUAAUGGAUACUGGGAUCAGGAGGACAAUAAUAGAGUGUACUGCUGUCCUCAGUGCAGAGACACCUUCACUCCAAGGCCUGUUCUACGCAGAAACAACAUGCUGGCUGAAGUGGUGGAGAAACUCAAGAAGAAGAUGGAACUCCAAGCUGCUUCUCCUGCUCACUGUUACACUGCAUCUGCUGAUGUCGAUUGUGAUUUCUGCACUGAGAGAAAAGACAAAGCUAUCAGUUCCUGUUUGGUUUGUCUGGCCUCCUUUUGUGAAACCCAUUUAAAACCUCAUCUUGAAAGUGCUGCUUUGAAGAAACACCAGUUAAUCGAAGCUUCUGGAAAUCUAGCAGAGAAGAUCUGCUCUAAGCACGAUAAAGUGCUGGAGGUCUACUGCCGUACUGACCAAAGCUUCAUCUGUUGUCUGUGUUUGAUGGAAAAACACAAAAGCCAUGACACCGUCUCAGUUACAGCCUACAGAACUGAAAAACAGAGUAAAUUAAAGGAGGAACAGAUGAAAUCCCAGCAGAGAAUCCAGGAGAAGCUGAAGAAGGUGCAGGAGCUGAAACAGGCUGUGAAGACUAUAAAGCUGAGUGCCCAGACAGCAGUGGAGGACAGUGAGAUGAUGUUUACUGAGAUGAUCAGCCUAAUAGAGAAAAAGCGCUCGGAGGUGACGGAGCUGAUCAGAGCUCAGGAGAACGCUGAACUGAGUCGAGCUGAACGACUCCUGGAGCAACUGGAGCAGGAGAUUGCUGAUCUUCAGAGGAGACUCACUGAGCUGGAGCAGCUUUUACACACACACGAUCACGUCUAUUUUCUCCAGAGUCUCCAGUCUCUCUGUGUCUCAUCUGGACGUGGGGACUCACCCAGCAUCACUGUCAAUCAACAUCUCUCAUUUGAUGGAGUGAGGAAAUCUCUCUCCGAUCUAAAAAAGAGACUUGAGGAAUUCUGCCAGGAGAAAUUAAUUAAAAUACCUCAACAUGCUGUAGCAGCACAGAUGAUUUUACCCUCAGAUCCAAAGAGCAGAAAAGAUUUUCUUCACUAUUACUGUGAUCUGACUCUGGAUCCCAACACAGUAAAUUAUAAACUCAUUCUGUCUGAGGAGAACAGAGCGGUGACAUGCAGUGAGAAAGAUCAGCCGUACUCCAAUCAUCCACAGAGAUUUGACUUCUACUACCAGGUGUUGAGUAAGGAGAGAAUGUGUGGACGCUGUUACUGGGAGGUAAAGUGGAGCAGUGAGAUGUGUGUGUACGUAUCAGUCUCAUAUAAAGACAUCAGCAGGAAAGGACGGGGUCCUGAAUAUUGGUUUGGAGGCAACAACCAGUCCUGGAGUCUGCAAUGCUCUUCAUCUUCUUCACUCUGUUUUUAUCACAACAACGUUAAGACUGGUCUCAAAGCCCCAUCAUCCUCCACAAUAGGAGUGUAUGUGGAUCACAGUGCAGGAACUCUGUCCUUCUACAGCGUCUCUGACACCAUGAAGCUCCUCCACAGAGUCCACACUACAUUCACUCAGCCUCUGUAUGCUGGCUUCUUGCUCAGCUACGGAUCAACCGUGAGAUUAUGUGAUCCAAAAUAAAAUAUCAUUAAUGUAAUUUGUUUUGUUUUACAUAAAUAUAAAUGACGAUAACUAAGAGAUUUUCAAACAUGGCUGUUAAUGGCAUUAUCCAU